GUUAAAUAUUUUAGCGGCAAAGAGUUGAACGUUUGUAAUGCCGCGCGUACACAAAACAUUUUACGAAAUAUCAAUUUACGUAAACGUUGCGUAAACUUACGAGUUUUGUAAUAGGAUAUCUCAAACUAAACUCUUUGCCAUUUCGUACAUUAAUGCUUUGGUAUGGCCGUUGACUGUGUGUUCCAAAAUUAAUAAUUUAAAAGUUUUUUUUAUAAGUUUUGUGAUUUAUUUUAUAAGUUUUGUGAUUUUGGUUGUUUCAUUUUGUGUCCCAAAAUGAGUUUCAGUUGUUUACGGAGUGUGGUGCGUUACGAUUUGGUGAAAGUCAGUAAAAUUAGUUCAUCGAGUGCGUUGGUUGCGAAAUUUAAUAUAGGAUCUUCGCGUGAAUUGAGUACGAGUGCGAAUCUUCGGGCAGUUGCACAACAGAACACGAAGCCUGAUUGGAACCGUGCGGUGAGCGAGGCAGAGAAGAUAGUUGGCUACCCGACUUCGUUCCUGAGUCUUCGAUGGGUCUUGAGCGACGAAAUUGCGAACGUUGCGCUCCAUUUGAGGAAACUGGUCGGCAGCAAUCAUCCCUUGUUGAAAACCGCCAAGAACCUCAUCUACAAUGGCAAGAACAACAUGCAAGCGUGGGGACUCAUCGUGUUGCUGGUGUCCAAGGCCGCUGGGCACAGCCCUGAGAUACCAGACAUGGAGCAGGACAAAGCGGCUGGAGUUUUACAUAGUCAACGCGCCCUAGCAGAAGUAACAGAGAUGAUCCGAACAUCGCAUCUGGUGCACAAAGGCCUGGUCAACAUGAACGCACGCCAAGUCGUGUGCACUGAAUCAGAUGACAUGCUGUUUGGAAACAAGAUCGCCCUGCUCAGCGGAGACUAUCUACUGGCUAAUUCGUGUACGGAACUCGCUAACUUAAGGAACCAAGAGCUAGUCGAACUGAUGUCGUCAGCAGUGCGCGAUCUAGCUGAAGCAGAGUUCCUCGGAGACAGAGACGAGCAGAACAACCCUCUACCCUCCCGACCCCUGCCGCACGACCAGAGGGAACCAGCUUCAGAAUGGGACUGCAUUCUUUCCCCGUUACCGAUGGCAGGCGUAGCAGGCUGCGCUCGAAGGGAAUGGGUAGCAAGACACGUCCUUGCCGCUGGUGCUUUGUUAGGCAAGAGCUGUUCCGCGGCUCUGAAGCUCGCUGGACACAAGCCUGCCCUUCAGACACAGGGUUACCUCUUCGGCUGUCACUUAGCGUUGGCAUGGCAGGCGUUCUUGGAUCUGGAAGCAUUCACUGGGCCUGAACCGGAUAGUUUCUCGCUAGUGGGGGCACCCCUAGCUUUUACAUUAGAAGCUAGACCCGACCUGUACUCAUACAUAGAAGCAGGCAAGAAGAGCGUGCGAGAUGUCGACUAUCAUGAGCUGUAUAAAGCUGUGGUAGAAGGCAACGGCAUCGAACAGACGAAGCAGUUGCAACGGGAACACAUCAACAGCGCGCGCGAAGUGCUCGACUCCUUCCCGUACUGCGACGCGCGCACCGCUCUCACCAACAUCAUCGUAGCUAUGAUACCCUAGUAACCAAAGGAGUAUUGGUUUAAUGAAAAACUGCCAUACCCCUUCCAGGUUAGUCCGCUUCCAUGUUAAACUGCAUCAUCACUCACCACCAGGUGUGAUGUAUGUGUAUCUGCCACCAUGUAAAUAAAAAUUGAUCAAGUGCGAGUCGGACUCGCACACGACGGGUUCUGUACCAUCGUACAGGAAAUAUCACUUUUUGGUUUUUUUAAACUUUCUAGACGACCUUUUUGAAUUUUUUUUUAUUACUGGUUGUUAUAGCGGCAAUAGCACAUUCCGUGAAAAAUUCAACUCUCUACAUAGGUACCAGGUACAACCGUAUAGCCCGCUGACAGACAGACGGAUGGACUGCAGAGGCUUAGUAUAGGCUCAGAAUACAAAUAGGGCCUUUGUAGUAAUUGGCCUAUUUAAAAUAUAAAAAAGUGGUACGGAACCCUAAAAAAUAUAAAAAAUAAAUAAUCUACAAAUAGAAGCAGAAUACUCACGAAACUCUGUUUUAAACCCAAAAUGCUUCCAAGUUCUUUCCUUAUAGUUUUAUUAACCGUUGUAAAAUUAUUAUAAAGAUAAAAUGAUUAUAUUGUAGAGGGUCCAAAAAGAUAUUAUUAUGAGAGGCUCUUACAAAAUUAAAUUAUGUGAAUAGGUUUAUGCUAAUUUGAAUACAAAAUAGCUAUGAAUUGUCAUUUAUGUAUGGACACAUA